AUGGCAACACUGCCGCCACGACGCCACCUCAUCAGUCCUUCUCUUGAAGUUAGCCAGACCACACGCAGUACUGUGAUACUUGAGCGACAUGUUUUUGAAGCUUUGAAUGGACUUAACCGGCAACUACAGGGCCCAGAUACCACUAUCAUAAUGCAUACCGAUGCCAUCAAGGCUUUCCUCGACAAGUUAGCUCUCUGGAAGAGGAAAGUUGAAAGGGGAAAUGUAGCUUCCUUUCAGCGUCUGAACGAGGUCAUCGGAGAAGAACCACUUGCCGAGGAGCUGCAACAAGAGAUCAAGGAACACUUGAUAAUCCUCCAAGAAGAGUUCAAACGCUAUUUUCAUGAAACUGAUAUAAAUGAAAAUGUACAGCUGACACUUGCUCGCAAUCCUUUCCGAUGCACUGUGGAUGAACUUCCUGAUGACAUACAAGAGGAAUUCUUGGAGCUCAUCAACAACACCGCAGCGAAAGAGGAGUUCCAGGAACAGCAACAGUUCAACAGCUCUAACUGCUGGGUCAAGAUGCUCUCCGCUUUCCCCAAGACCAGCAAAUUUGCCCUGAAAGUACUCAUUCCUUUUCAUCCACUUACCUCUGUGAAAGUGGUUUCUCGACUCUCCUGGUGA